ACAAAAGGCUCUAGUUCUCCUCUAUUUCCAUUCUUCUAAACUCUCUCAUAGCCAGAAGCUCAAAAAUGACAGGAAUAGGAGCCAGAAUUGUGGGUUUAGUCCUUGUUUUUGGCAUGGUCAUGAUGCCAAGCUUGGCCAAAGACUACACUGUUGGAGACACCGCUGGCUGGGCUACUGGUGUUGAUUACACCACUUGGACUAGUGACAAGACCUUCGCCGUCGGCGAUAACCUGGUGUUUAGCUAUGGAAGUGGGCACACGGUGGAUGAAGUGAGUGGCACUGACUACAAGAGUUGCACCACAGGCAACUCUAUCACUAGUGACAGCAGUGGCGCCACUACCAUUCCUCUCAAGAAUGCCGGGACACAUUACUUCAUUUGUGGAAUUACUGGGCAUUGUGGGAUGGGCAUGAAGCUGUCCGUGACCGUCGGAUCAGGAUCAACCGCCACCACUCCAGCUGCCAAGGGUGCAAGCACACCGCCUUCCACAGACGGUAGCAACACCACGGAUGCCACUACGGCAGUGACCACACCCACAGCCACAUCCACUAAUCUAGGAACUAGUCUCUCCGGCUCUUCUAUUAUGGCUUUGAUGACAAUUGCUGGGGUUGUUUUUAGUCUGUUAGUGCUUUCAUAAGUUUGGUAGUUGAGGCUUAGUAGUCUUGCCAGGAGAGAGGCAGUGCUUUGUAAUUUCUUCUCUGUUUAAUUUGCAUUACCUUCUGAGUUUGUUUACAUUUCAUCGAAUAUGUACGAGCGGUUGGUUUGAUUCAGAUGUGACAAAUAUGUUGGUCUAAUAUUUUAUUAUUUAUGGAGCAUGAUUGAGAUUCAUAUCCUCA